AUGAACGUCCUCAAGCUGCAACGGAAAUACCCGCAGCUUCAGCAAGAUCUGGGCUCCCUCUCCGAUCAAUUCCGCCGACUGGAUGUCGACGACAAGGGCUACGUGGACGAAGCGACGGCGAUCAAGUCGGCCAGCGGCACCGAGCGACAGCCAUACGAUGUCGUCCGGCAGGCACUGAAAGAGGUCGAGCUGGACAGCUCACGACGGGUGGAACUGGAUGAUUACGUCGAUUUGAUUGCUCGUUUGCGGGAGAGUAGUCCGGCCCAGCAGCGGUCGCGCGGCUUCAGCAAUGCUCAGAAACCCGUGGCAGCGCAAGCCAGUGGACAGCAUACCACCCCAUCCCACGCCAGCAAGGGUAGUCUCGGCGGGGGAGUGACGGCCAAGCCAGGACGGAUCACCGUGGGAGGAUCCACGGCUUCAUCCCAGCAUACCAUCAACGAGGACGAGCGUACUGCCUUCACCUCGCACAUCAAUGCCGUUCUGGCGGGCGAUGCUGACAUUGGUCAUCUCCUCCCCUUCCCGCUCGACACCUUUGAAAUGUUCGAUUCCUGCCGUGAUGGUCUGGUUCUGGCCAAACUCAUCAACGACAGUGUGCCCGACACCAUUGAUGAGCGUGUUCUCAACCGAGAAGGCAAGAAGAUCAAGAAACUCAACGCCUUCCACAUGACCGAAAACAACAACAUUGUCAUUGAAUCCAGCAAGGGUAUUGGCUGUUCGGUGGUGAACAUCGGCGMGGGAGACAUUAUUGAAGUUCGCGAGCAUCUUAUUCUUGGUUUGAUCUGGCAGAUCAUCCGCCGGGGAUUGCUCGGAAAGAUUGACAUUAAACUUCAUCCGGAGCUGUAUCGUCUGCUAGAAGAUGGUGAGACUCUGGAACAGUUCCUCCGCCUUCCCCCAGAGCAGAUUCUCCUCCGCUGGUUCAACUACCAUCUGAAGAACGCUGGGUGGCAGCGUCGAGUCCAGAACUUCUCCAAGGAUGUACACGACGGUGAGAACUACACGGUCCUACUCUCCCAGCUCGCUCCUUCAAUCUGCUCGCGCUCUCCACUUCAAACUUCAGAUCUCCACUCUCGCGCUGAGCAAGUCCUUCAAAACGCCGACCGCCUCGACCCACCAUGCCGGAAGUUCUUGACUCCUCAAUCCCUUGUCGCUGGUAACCCAAAGCUCAACCUUGCUUUUGUUGCCAAUCUCUUCAACAACCAUCCCGGUUUGGACCCCAUCACGGAAGAAGAAAAGGCGGAGAUUGAAGACUUUGAUGCAGAGGGUGAGAGAGAAGCUCGUGUCUUCACUCUAUGGCUCAACAGCAUGAAUGUGCAACCCAGCGUAUCUUCAUUCUUCGACGACCUCAAAGAUGGCAUCAUUCUGCUGCAGGCUUACGACAAGGUCAUUCCAGGAAGUGUCAACUGGCGUCAUGCCAACAAGCCUCCUGCGAAUGCUGUAACUCCCGUUUCCCAGGAUGAAGACGAAGCAUACUUGACUAUCAAAUCUGGGAUGAGUAGAUUCAAGGCUGUCGAGAACACAAACUACGCCGUCGAGAUUGGAAAGCAGAACCGCUUCUCCCUGGUCGGUAUCCAAGGUGCAGACAUCACUGAUGGACAACGCACUUUGGUUCUUGGAAUGGUCUGGCAGUUGAUGCGAAAGGACAUAACCAAUACCCUCUCCUCCCUCGCACAGCGUCUCGGGAAACGCGAAAUCACCGACGCGGACAUGGUACAGUGGGCGAACCAGACUGUUGCCAAGGGCGGCCGAUCGGGAAGUGUACGAAGCUUCAAGGAUCAAUCCAUUGCAAGCGGUGUAUUCUUGCUGGAUGUGCUGAAUGGGAUGAAGUCGAGCUAUGUGGACUAUGAUUUGGUUGCACCGGGCAAGACUGAUGAGGAGCGCUACGCAAAUGCCAAGUUGGCCAUUUCAAUUGCGCGGAAGAUGGGUGCGACCAUUUAUGUGGUACCGGAGGAUAUCGUCACGGGACGGACGAGGUUGCUCGUGACCUUUGUAGGUUCGUUGAUGGCUACGGCGGAGAAGAUGGGUGCGUCAUGA